UAAACAGUGACUGUCCCUGGCAUACUUAUAAACUUAAUGUAUUAGAUGUGGGGACUGUGUACUUCUAACCCGGUUGCUAGGCAACCCGGGUUGUACAGGGGGAGGUAACCUGGAGGGUGUUGAGACCCAGAGGGGACCGCAGACACCUGGAGAUUGAGCGUGGAAGAAUAAGAGUAGCGGAUUGGCCGGCGCCAACUGGUGAUGUCAGACACCAGGGAAGUGUGAGAAGGAAGGAGACGGUGAGGAGUGGUGUGAGAUGUGUGGGCCUUGUGCUCCCCUGACCCCCGUGCCAGCGACCAAAGGAGAGGCUGUAGUUGAGAGCAACGGGUCGCGACACCUGCCCCGCAGUUCAAGUGAGGUCACGGUGACCGGCUGAGUACGGCAACGUGGCUGCACCCGUACUAGCCCAGGAGAAGGGGAGGAACAGCUACACGUGAGCGUGGCAAGAAAAGGGGGUGACUUCAGAGCCGGGGACUCCGGCGCAUCGUGUGGCCGGUGACGUGACUGGCUGGAUCCGGCAACGGCAGCAGACACACAGAUUCUGUUCUUUGAAGAUGCUCAGAAACAAACAAAGUUGGCUCAGAAGUGGGGAUUUGAUGAAGAAAAGAUUGAAGAACUUGGCAAAAAUGAAUUUAUUAUGCCAGGAAUGGUCGAUACCCACAUCCAUGCACCCCAAUACUCAUUUAUAGGAUCAGGAAUGGAAAGACCUCUUUUGGAGUGGUUGAAAUAUACUACAUUUCCAAUAGAAGAUACAUACUCAGAUUUGGAAGUUGCUAGGACCUUGUACAGCACAGUUGUGAAAAGAACAUUGAGAAAUGGCACAACCACUGCUUGCUAUUUCGCUACCAUUCAUACUGAUGCUUCCAUUGUGCUGGCGGAGAUGGCAAGUCAGUAUGGUCAGAGAGCAUUUAUUGGGAAAGUUUGCAUGGAUAGGAAUGAUACAUAUCCAAAGUAUAAGGAAGAUACUGAAGAGUCUAUCAGGGAAACUAAAAGGUUCAUUGAAGUCCUGAAAAAUAGAAAAUAUGACAGAGUAAAACCCAUUGUAACUCCUCGAUUUGGAAUAUCUUGCUCUGAAAACUUACUGAAGGAACUUGGCAAAAUUGCUGAUGCACACCAGCUGCAUAUCCAGAGCCACAUCAGUGAGUCUCUUGCAGAAAUUGAAGAGGUGUUAAGAUUAUUUCCUGAAUAUAAAAAUUAUACUGAAGUAUACAACAAAAAUAAGCUUCUGACAAAUAAAACAGUAUUGGCGCAUGGCUGUUAUCUCGCAGAUGAAGAACUACAUGUGUUCAAAGAAAAAGGAGCUGCAAUAUCCCAUUGCCCUAAUUCAAACAUUUCAUUGUGCAGUGGUCACCUUGAUGUCCAAAACGUAUUAAAGCACAAGGUUAAAUUGGGACUCGGGACUGAUAUUGCUGGUGGAUAUUCCAUAUCUCUACUUGACACUAUCCGGAAAGCUAUAGAAACUUCUAAAAUUAUUUUCAUUGAAAAAGGAAAAAGUCAGAGCAAUAAAGUGGAAACCAACCAAGCUGGGAAAAUUGCACUAAAUAAAGAAAGCAGUAAUGCUAAAAAUGAUGCAAUGGAAAUGGAUGCCAAUUAUAAAGUAUUGGGUUAUAAGGACGCAUUUCGGCUUGCAACUCUUGGAGGAUGUGAAGCUUUGAGUAUUGAUCACAUAACUGGAAACUUUGAAGUUAACAAGGAUUUUGAUGCAUUGCUAAUAAACCCUGAAGCCAAAGACAGUCCGUUUGAAGUAUUUUCUCAUAUCUCUAAAGAGGAAAUGAUAGAGAGGUUCCUUUAUCUAGGUGACGACAGGAACAUCAAAGCUGUUUAUGUGGCAGGAAGAUGUGUGGUUCCAUUCCCUAGUAAUGCAUAGAGUCUAAAUGAUUACUGAUUCCUUCAGUGUAUUAUGUGAGAUUUAUUUGAAGAGGUUUGUGUUUAUAGAAAGAUAAGUAGCGGUGCACACCAGAAUAUAAUCAGAUGGAGGUGUCCUGUCACCACAGAAGUUCCGAUGUGAGUGCAGGAUGGCAAAGCAGAUGGUGGUUGUUUUUGUGGCCAAGACUGGUUAUGUAGCUAUUGUAUCACUCUUCCAGCAGUGCACUGUCACUGGGGACUUGUAUGCCAACCAAUGCCUGCCACAAGUGCUGGAAUCUAUUUCCAGGUGCUGUCCAAGAACUCAGACUCAUGGAUCCCUUCUAGAUCAUGACACUGUACCUGCCCUCAAGUCCAGCAAGAUAGUGGAUUUUCUGGCCCAUGAAUGAUCCAGGAGCUUGGUCAUCUGCCGUACAGUCCAGACCUGGCUUCCUGCAACAUUUUUGUGUUCCUACAAAUCAAGCGCAAGAUACGUAGGAUUUCUUUGAGUCACCAGAAGCUGCAGCGGAGACCUUCUUCCAGCAUAUAGAAAACAUACCUGUUGCUUCACCAAGUGGUUUGGGCACAUGUAACUUUGCAUAGACUCCUCUGGUGAAUACUUUGAAAAACUGUUAUGUUCAUAUCUAUAUAUAUAUAUAUUUCUCUGACGUCCUAAGUGGAUGCUGGGACUCCGUAAGGACCAUGGGGAAUAGCGGCUCCGCAGGAGA